AAAAGAGAAAACAAAGAAUAUUGUGUUCGCUUGAGUUAUGAUAAAUUGAUCAUCAAUGGGCAAACGUUUGUCUGGGAUAGCGAUAUGCGGAUGCCAGUUCCACUUCAGGCGCAUGCGCGACUGGACAGAGGCAAACGACGCAUAUCGAAUUCCGUUCCUCCGAAAGAUAACUCAGCACGUUGCUCGCAGCCUGAACGGCUCUCUGUCCUGCUUAUAAAUUGUCGCAGCAUAAAGAACAAAGUCGAUAACUUCAUGUCUUUAGUAGCCACUGUUAAACCUCAGAUUGUGAUGGGCACCGAAUCAUGGUUAGACAAGGAUAUACCUAAUGUAGAAAUCUUUCCGCCUGGUUUUACUGUCUAUCGGAAAGAUAGGUAUGGACAUGGCGGGGUAAUAUUCAUUUUGAUAUCAAAUGUCUUGUCAAGUACACAAAUAUUAUUUGAAAACACUUCUGAGUCUGUCUGGUGCCCUAUGAAAUUACCUAACGGAAACAAUGUAGUGUACGGGACAUUCUACCGCCCACCCGGCAGCAGCGACUCAUUAGGAUUGCUGUCUGAGAUGCCAUCUCUUCUGCCUAAUAGCGUAUUUCUAGGGGGGGAUUUCAAUUUGCCAGACUUCAACUGGAAUGCCGGAUGUGUGGCUGGUAAUAGGUCCCGUAUUUACACAGAGUUCGAAAAACUUGUCGGAUUAAAUGGAUUGCAGCAGUACGUACUAGAACCUACGCGAGAAAAUGCAAUUUUAGACUUAGUACUUUGCAAUGAGCCGAACAUAAUAACAAAAGUUACGUUCCUACUGGUACCCAUUUUCCUGUGGCAGCCACUUCUUUGGAACCGCCUGUUUCACCACCGCCACCGGGUUCACCCCGUGCAGAAAAAUCUCCUGACCGUCCGUACGACAUUCCUGCCCAAGACACUCCUGCUGAAAACACUCAGGACACUGACACACCUUCCGGUACCUGUACGAGUAACACUUCCGCUGUUCCUCCUCUACAACCUGAACCAGUCCUCCAUAGGUCUACACGUCGUAGACAACCUACGGUUUAAGGAUGAUGUUUCCAAGUAG